AUGAACUGGGAACAGUUCGGCCAACGCGUGGGCGACCGAUCUGACGUCGGGGCUCCGAAUACGGAAAAGACGUGGAUGGUCACUCACGACGUCAUGUCCGCCUUUAAUUCGAUUUGAAUCUGCAGCUCGAAAUCCUUUGGCAUUUCCGCCUGCAAAGGCUUCUUCCUCCUUUUCCGUGCCAAAUUGGUCUUUCCCUUGUUUCAAAAGAUCAGAGCUAUUAAUUAAAGUUGAAACUACAUUUUUCUUGAGCUUCAGUUUCAGUUUUGGGUAAUUAAGGUGGAGAAUCAAGUCCAGAUCUUUAAAAAGAAAACUUGGUUCCAAGCUUUUUUCGGAGAGUACUGAUAGUUCCCAUCUGCAGAGUGAUUGAAAAACACAUAAUUUUUUUAUUUUUUUGAAAAGUUAGGAGAAAUUAGUUUACUUGAUGUUUCAAUCAGACUUUAGUAAUCUUCUUUAUAUUUUUUUGAAAGUGAAAUGGAAAUUUUUGAAAAAAAUAUAGAUUAGCAAGCAAUUAAGGUGUGAAGCUCUUUUGAGUUUCUUGUAAAGCUUCUAAACAAAAAAAACUUAAUGAUAAUUCUUGAAGAAUUUUUGAAGAAAGAUUUCAGCUUACAGCUGUCUUUCAAGGAAAAAAUCAGCUCUUAGCUGCCCAAAUUUUGCUCACUCAUAAAACUUGAAAGUUUAUAAGAAACCUUCCUUGAAAAUUUUCCUUCUUUCAGUAAGAAAAAAAAGAAUAACUCGAUAAUCGUUGUAUUCGCCGUUUUGAUCAGUUAGAAAACCGCAAAAGCUCAAAAAAAAGGUCUAAGAUACUUUGUCCACUUCUAACCUGAUAAAAGCUCACAGUUCAUAAUUUAAUCUCUUUUGUCAUCAUAGACAGUUGACGAAUAUGCUAACACCUGACUCUUCACGAAAACAAUGUCAUGACAGAUCGACCCACCUAUUUUUUCUUAACACUUCUAAAAAUAGCAAAAGUCUGACACGUAUGGAAAGCCACAACAACAACAGGAGACGUGAAAUAAUUAUUCAAGUACGACCUUUACAAUAAACCCGAUGAUGUCUAUUGCUGAUGAGUGAUCUCUAAUAUAGAGCCCAUUUGAAGGGUUCAGCUUGAUCCUUUUGCUCCGAGAAAAAACCAGAGCUUUCCCGAAGACUCGGAGAUCAACUAAAACAUCUUUCCGGAGGUUCUGCCGGACCAGCGGAGGCGGCGUGGAAGGUCCCUUUGCUUGCGUCACGCCGCGAAGAACGACGAGGGCUGGUCCAACAAGAGAGGCGGUGCCACGCCCAGUUCGUCUCUAUAUAAACGAGGCGAGUGCAGCUGCAACUCCGCCCACAAAUUCGUGAGAACAAAACCACCGCAUAAAUAUAUAUCAUUUUGCGGCCUCUUACAAACAUUUCUGAUUCGCAUCACUGUCGUGCUCUACCGGCACCACCCAGGGCUUCGAAAAUACCGUCUCGCUCAAAUGGCUACAUGCUUGCCUCCCUGGCGGUACUCGCUAGAAGACUGUGCCGACCUUUACUGAGCCAUUCUCAUUCCGACGCCUUCUUUCGGCCGUCGACGAAGAUGAUCCUCCGCUAUGGAGUCCCACGACGUCGUCAGACGCUCCACUCCCGGUCCAUAACAUGCCACGACCGGCCAACGCUUCUCUUAUCCUAA